CCUAACGUCACUUCCGGCAACAAUAGGAAACGUCAAAAACUUGCAAGGUCUGCCACUCCGGCUCCUGCAGGCUGAGGUACUGUGAAUUCGCGGGAGUCUGGGGUGGCUUCUGGUACGCUCGCAGCCAUCGUGAUCUCCAGCGUCAACACGUGCGUUCUGGACAGGCCUCUCCAUGGCUUGGGCACCAGUUCCCGGCUGAGCCAUUUUCUUCUCGGCUGACUGCCCCCGCCCACAGGCUGAGUCGUCGCGGCGGCGGUGGAGAUCGCAGGUCGUUCAGGCUUGCAGAUGGGUCAAGGACUCUGGAGAGUGGCCAGAAACCAGCAUCUCCAACAGGAAGCCUACGGUGAGACAGGCAACCUCAGUAGAGAGCAGAGCAGGAGAGUGGCCUCAGGCAACAUUUCUCACACCAGCCACCGGAAGCAAGCCCAGGGAGGCAUCGAUCUCUAUCAUCUUCUGAAGGCUCGGAAGUCUAAAGACCAGGAAGGGUUCAUUAACUUGGAAAUGCUGCCACCGGAGCUGAGCUUCACCAUCUUAUCCUACCUGAACGCAACAGACCUCUGCUUAGCUUCCUGUGUUUGGCAAGACCUCGCCAAUGACGAACUUCUCUGGCAAGGGUUGUGUAAAUCCACGUGGGGUCACUGUUCAAUAUACAAUAAGAACCCACCUUUAGGAUUUUCUUUUAGAAAAUUGUAUAUGCAGCUAGAUGAGGGAAGCCUCACCUUUAAUGCCAACCCAGAGGAGGGAGUGAGCUACUUUAUGUCCAAGGGUAUCCUAGAUGAUUCGCCAAAGGAAAUAGCAAAAUUUAUCUUCUGUACCAGAACACUAAAUUGGAAAAAACUGAGACUCUAUCUUGAUGAAAGGAGAGAUGUCUUGGAUGACCUUGUAACUUUGCAUAAUUUUAGGAAUCAGUUCUUGCCAAAUGCACUGAGAGAAUUUUUCCGUCACAUUCACGCUCCUGAAGAACGUGGGGAGUACCUUGAAACUCUUAUAACAAAGUUCUCACAUAGGUUCUGUGCUUGCAACCCUGACCUAAUGCGGGAACUCGGCCUUAGUCCUGAUGCUGUCUACGUGCUGUGCUACUCCUUGAUUCUGCUUUCCAUCGACCUCACUAGUCCUCACGUGAAGAAUAAAAUGUCAAAAAGAGAGUUUAUUCGAAAUACCCGCCGCGCUGCUCAGAACAUUAGUGAAGAUUUUGUAGGACACCUUUAUGACAACAUCUACCUUAUUGGCCAUGUGGCUGCAUAAAAGCACAAGUGUUUCAACUUCAACUUUUUACUGCAGACCAAGGCUGCCCAGGGACAGACUUAGUGGCCGCCGCAGGGUUGCAUCAGCACUGGUCACUCCAGUCCAGCCUGUGCAUAAAAUCCAGCGUGACUGCACCCCUCUGUUUGUUUCACUGUUUUCUAGUUUAGAAAUCUCAGAACUAAUUUUGGAGAACUUUUAUUAAUUUUGCUCAUCAUGUUUGCACAAAACAACCACUGUAUAACACAACUGUUAGAGAAUGUUAAACUGACAUAUACGCUAUAAAUGGAGUGUUUGUGCAUUAGAUUUUUCUGGAAACUAUCCAUUUCCAUCCUUUUAAAGAAUACCAUGUAAUGUAUGCAUAUUUAACUGAAGAGAUUUAUAAUCAUAAUUAUUUUAUUGUAAAGAUUUUAACUAAAAGUUUUCCUUUUCUCUUGAA